CCUGAUUUUGCUCUGGUUUGUGCUCUGGUGAUAUUUGAUUUGUUUAUAUCACGGGUUUAUAUUCUGAUUAAGCAUUUCUUAUUUUUUACAAAUACAAUUAUUUUUGACUGAAAAUGUCGACUGUGGGUUGUGAGCACUUUCAAGAAUUUAAAUCCAAUCCUAAUAACUUGGACACGUUACGAUGGGUUCAUUCGGUUUUUGUCGUAGGCUCAAGCAAAGAUAAAAGAACUGGCUUAAAUUAUAAUUAUCACCAAACUAAGAUUAUGAACUCCUUUUGUCACACGUGUAAUAAUCGUGGUCCAAAUUUACACGCAUGCAUAGAUUGUGUUUUUUUUGGAUGCCUACCACAUAUUAGAGAACACACCAAGGAGGAACACCACGAUUUCUCAUUAGAACUAACGUAUGGACAAGUUCAUUGCACCAAAUGUGGGGAUUAUAUUUAUGAUUCUGAACUGGAUGAGAUUAAUAAAACAAAUAGAAAACGCAGCGAUACCUUUCACAGAAGACUUUUUGAAUGUAGUACUUGGAAUCCGACGGAGGAAGAGAAAGACCUGCUCACUCUUUAUACACAAAGGGUGUGCAUUACGGAUAAAUCUCAGAUAGGUUUAAGAGGACUGGUUAAUUUCAGGAUUACUUGCUAUAUGAAUUCUGUUGUUCAAGUACUGAUGCACACUCCGCUACUCAGGGACUAUUUCUUAUCGGAGAGGCAUUUCUGCAAGACAGAUUCAGAAUCUUGCUUGAUGUGUAUACUGUCAAAUGUCUUUCAGGAGUUCUAUAACGGAGACAAGGUACCCUUGUUGUUGCACAAACUGUUACAUUUUAUAUGGACGCACGCGCCACACGUGGGUGGCGAUGUUCAACAAGACGCUCACGAAUUUUUCAUCGAGACCCUCGGACUGUUACACAAACACUGUGCGGAAAGCAUCAAUCAUACCAGUCAUGCUGUAGUAACUAACAAUUGUUCUUGUAUUAUACAUGAGAGCUUCACAGGGAGUUUGCAGAGCGACAUCGUUUGUCAGAAAUGCAAAGGCGUCAGCACGACAAUCGAGCCUAUCUGGGAUUUCGCCUUGGAUUUAGUGCCCGGGGCACUAACUUUAGUGGAAUGUCUGAAGCAUUUCACCAAAGCGGAACUUUUGGACAACUUUUCCAUGUGCGAAUCUUGCGGCCUGCCUCGGCAGGUUACGAAACAGCUCAGCAUUAAGACUUUGCCCACAGUAGUUACUUUCCAGUUGAAACGAUUUAAGAAAUCUGACGAGGGGCACGGAAAAGUCGCUACCAAGAUACAAUUUACCGAAAUGUUGGACAUGACUCCCUUCAUGAGCACGAAGAAAGCCGAUAGUCCUUUCCCAUCGGACAACAUGUAUUCGCUGUUUGCCGUGAUCAAUCAUCAAGGUGAAACUUCGUAUGCUGGUCAUUAUAUUGCUUACGUCAGACAACUAAAGGAUCAUUGGUACAAGUGUAAUGACGAAGUUAUCUCUAGAGUUGGAUUGGACGAAGUCUUGUUCUCAGAAGGGUAUAUCCUCUUCUACCACAAACACGUCCUUGGAUACAAAUAAUGUUAGUUUAUUGUUUACAAGAUACUUAUUUAAUUUUUACAUUUACCUACAUUUAUUAAUAGUACUUUUUACGAAAAAAAAAUUUCUUCAAUAUUAGAA